UCUAUUAGUUCAUCUAGCUAUUAUUACGUUAACAGCGUUGGUAGGCCUAUAUAUACUAUUUGAAUCCAGUUUUAGUCCACUGAUGCAGUUGUUUGCAGCCAGGGCGAUUUAUCUAUUUAUUGUCAUGUUUACAAAUAAUAGGCACAAAUUCCAAACGGUUUGUCUGGCUGCAUUAUGUUUUUUCGUUCAGGUGUCGACCUAAUGUUACCUGGGCUACAGCGAUAUAGUGGGCUAUCUGUUGUAUGUUUUUAGGUGUAUUCACAAUUUUGUGACGCACUUCAAAUAAGUUUAGCCUACUUUUUUUCUUUUAUGUUAUAUCAUAUGGUCUUAAGGUUCCUUGCCUAAAACCAUGGAACCUCUGAAAGUUCCUGAAUCGGAAAAAGAAGAAAACCGACGUGGUUGCUAGGAUACACCCAGGUAACCAAAACAGGAAAUGUUCCAGCUUCACCGAAGCCUGUUUUAGUCAAUCUGUUCACUUCUGCAGUUUGCUCAAUUUUUUCGGCUAAAGAAACAUAAAAUGAAUACGAACACAAAGGUACCACAGGCCCUGAAAGCUAAAGUAAUGCUAUGGACAGAUGUAAGCUACCAUGACAUGGAGGAGUUUGACAAAAUACAUUCCAUUCCUGAUCUGGAAAGUGCUUUGUGCAGUGUGUUUAGAGUCGACCUACUUGAACCAAAAAGAGGAGUUCUGCUGGAGUUGUAUGUCCAGGCCGUGCUUUUUUGCAGGGAACGCAACUUCAUAAAGGAACAAACAUCUGCUCUCUUGUCCAUCAUCAAGUCCAUCCAUGAUGCUAACAUAGAAACUCCACUCAACAACAUAGAGCAGUGUUUCAAAUACUGCAAGGAGCUACUUCUCUGUCACUCAGUCAGGCGACCCCCCUUUAGUAUCAACCUCUUCAGCUCUGAGGAGGUGAACUGUAUCUUAAAGUACAUCCAUAACAGCUACGUGAGACACUACAAACUCUACAAAUAUAUUUUUACCCCACAGGUAAAACUGGAUUUGUCUUUGACUUACUCUGGGAUCUCAGACCAGGAUGAACCUACCAUGGAGGAUUCUUCUGCUCCAGAUUUUGAAAAUGAGAUUAAAAAAGAAACAAAAGCAGCACCAAAGACAGACAGCAAAGCAUCCAUCGAAGAGCCGCAGGGAGCCUCACUCGGUUCAAAAUCCGAACUGAAGGCAUUGAUCGAGAAAGAGGUCAGAGAGCAGAUGACGCUUAUGUCUGGACAAUUAGAUCAGCGAAUGAAAGACAUUGCAGAUCAGCACAAGAGUGCACAAGAGGCCCCACAGCCCAACCACAAGGCCAAAAAAUAAUGAAUGAGAAAUGUUGGUUUCCGAUGAGCACUCACAAAAUACGACAAUUCAAACUCAGACGUUAUAUAGUUUUAUUGUCAAUGAAACCUUUUUUCUUCAUAUACAGUACAUUUAUAUCUGCAUUUGUACAAUUACUGUACAUUUCUCAGUGAGGUACUUUCAGGAAAAGUGCCCCAAAUAAACUAAAGAAUGAACUGAGUAGGAAAUGUUGUUGGUUUGUUUUUAUAGGAUAUGCUCUCACAAAUAGUCUUCACAGUUAGUUUGAGUGAGUUUCCUAUUGAGUAACGCUUGCAUGCUAACAGCUACAGGAUACUCUACCAAAUACUGUACUUGAUUGAAUAUUUCACGUAUCUUCUGGUACUGAUUUGUAACA